GCCCCGGCCGCGGCUCUGCUAGCAGCGAGUUCGAGCCCCACUCCCGCUCCGCUGCGGUUCUCGCUCCCCCGGCCCUUGGGCCUCCCGCCGACGCCAGCCUCCGGCCGCAGCUCGUCGUUGCGCCUCGCGCUCUCCCCGCCGCCAGGAUGCCGGUGACCGAGAAGGACCUGGCGGAGGACGCGCCGUGGAAGAAGAUCCAGCAGAACACGUUCACCCGCUGGUGCAACGAGCACCUCAAGUGCGUGAACAAACGCAUCGGGAACCUGCAGACCGACCUGAGCGAUGGGCUGCGGCUCAUCGCGCUGCUCGAGGUGCUCAGCCAGAAGCACAUGUACCGCAAGUACCACCAGCGGCCCACCUUCCGUCAGAUGCAGCUGGAGAACGUGUCGGUGGCUCUCGAGUUCUUGGACCGCGAGAGCAUCAAGCUCGUGUCCAUCGACAGCAAAGCCAUCGUGGAUGGGAACCUGAAGCUCAUCUUGGGCCUGGUGUGGACAUUGAUCCUCCACUACUCCAUCUCCAUGCCUGUGUGGGAGGACGAAGGGGAUGAUGACGCCAAGAAGCAGACGCCAAAGCAGAGGCUGCUGGGCUGGAUCCAGAACAAGAUCCCCUAUCUGCCCAUCACCAACUUCAACCAGAACUGGCAAGAUGGCAAAGCCCUGGGAGCACUGGUAGAUAGCUGUGCCCCAGGUCUGUGCCCAGACUGGGAAUCCUGGGAUCCUCGGAAGCCUGUGGAUAACGCCCGAGAAGCUAUGCAGCAGGCCGACGACUGGCUGGGUGUCCCGCAGGUCAUCACUCCGGAAGAGAUUAUUCACCCGGACGUGGAUGAGCACUCGGUGAUGACUUACCUGUCCCAGUUCCCCAAAGCCAAGCUCAAGCCCGGGGCUCCUCUGAAGCCCAAACUCAAUCCGAAGAAAGCCAGGGCCUAUGGCAGAGGCAUCGAGCCCACUGGAAACAUGGUAAAGCAGCCCGCCAAGUUCACUGUGGACACCAUCAGCGCCGGGCAAGGAGACGUGAUGGUGUUUGUGGAGGACCCAGAAGGGAACAAAGAGGAGGCACAAGUCACCCCUGACAGCGACAAGAACAAGACAUACUCCGUGGAGUACCUGCCCAAGGUCACUGGGCUACACAAAGUCACAGUCCUCUUUGCAGGACAGCACAUCUCCAAGAGCCCAUUUGAAGUCAAUGUUGACAAGGCCCAGGGGGAUGCCAGCAAAGUCACUGCCAAAGGCCCAGGGUUGGAAGCUACUGGGAACAUCGCCAACAAGCCCACCUACUUUGACAUCUACACAGCAGGAGCUGGCGUGGGUGACAUUGAUGUUGAGGUGGAAGACCCCCAGGGGAAGAACACCGUGGAGCUGCUUGUGGAAGACAAGGGAAACCAGGUGCAUCGAUGUGUGUAUAAACCGGUGCAGCCUGGCCCCCACGUGGUCACGGUUUCCUUUGCCGGGGACACCAUUCCCAAGAGUCCCUUCGUUGUGCAGGUUGGGGAAGCCUGCAGUCCGAAUGCCUGCCGGGCCAGUGGCCGAGGCCUGCAGCCCAAAGGCGUCAGGAUCCGAGAGACUGCAGACUUCAAGGUUGACACCAAAGCUGCCGGAAGUGGGGAGCUCGGCGUGACAGUGAAGGGUCCUAAGGGCCUAGAGGAGCUGGUGAAGCAAAAAGGCUUUGUGGAUGGGGUCUACGCGUUCGAGUACUACCCCAGCACCCCAGGGAAGUACAGCAUCGCCAUCACAUGGGGGGGACACCACAUCCCCAAGAGCCCCUUUGAAGUUCAAGUUGGCCCUGAAGCAGGCAUGCAGAAGGUCCGUGCGUGGGGCCCUGGCCUCCAUGGAGGGAUUGUUGGGCGCUCGGCAGACUUUGUGGUGGAGUCGAUUGGUUCUGAAGUGGGUACUCUAGGGUUUGCCAUUGAAGGCCCCUCCCAGGCGAAGAUCGAGUAUGAUGACCAGAAUGAUGGAUCAUGUGAUGUCAAAUACUGGCCCAAGGAGCCUGGUGAAUAUGCUGUUCACAUCAUGUGUGACGACGAAGACAUCAAAGACAGCCCAUACAUGGCCUUCAUCCACCCGGCCACCGGAGACUACAACCCUGAUCUGGUUCGAGCAUAUGGGCCAGGUUUGGAGAAAUCUGGGUGCAUCGUCAACAACCCAGCUGAGUUCACUGUGGAUCCAAAGGAUGCAGGAAAAGCUCCAUUGAAGAUAUUUGCUCAGGAUGGGGAAGGCCAGCCCAUUGACAUCCAGAUGAAGAGCCGCAUGGACGGCACGUAUGCUUGCUCCUACACCCCAGUUAAGGCCAUCAAGCACACCAUCGCUGUGGUCUGGGGAGGUGUGAGCAUCCCGCAGAGCCCCUUCCGGGUCAACAUCGGGCAAGGUAGCCAUCCGCAGAAGGUCAAAGUGUUUGGGCCAGGCGUGGAGAGAAGUGGUCUGAAGGCAAAUGAGCCCACCCACUUCACAGUGGACUGCACUGAGGCUGGGGAAGGUGAUGUCAGCGUUGGCAUAAAGUGUGAUGCCCGGGUGUUGAGUGAGGAUGAGGAAGAUGUGGAUUUUGACAUUAUUCACAAUGCCAACGACACGUUUACUGUCAAAUAUGUGCCUCCAGCUGCUGGACGAUACACGAUCAAAGUUCUCUUUGCAUCUCAGGAAAUCCCCGCCAGUCCUUUCAGGGUGAAAGUCGAUCCUUCCCACGACGCCAGCAAAGUGAAGGCAGAAGGCCCAGGGCUCAGCAAAACAGGUGUGGAAAACGGGAAACCAACCCACUUCACCGUCUACACGAAGGGCGCUGGGAAGGCCCCACUCGACGUGCAGUUCAGCAGCCCUCUUCCUGGUAACGCGGUGAAGGAGUUGGAUAUCAUCGAUAAUUAUGACUACUCUCACACUGUGAAGUACACACCCACCCAGCAGGGCAGCAUGCAGGUGCUGGUGACUUAUGGUGGUGAUCCCAUCCCGAAGAGCCCCUUCACCGUGGGUGUUGCUGCUCCGCUGGAUCUGAGCAAGAUCAAAAUUCACGGGCUGGAAAAUAGGGUCGAAGUUGGGCAGGAUCAGGAGUUUACCAUCGACACCAGGGGGGCAGGAGGCCAGGGGAAGCUGGACGUGACAAUCCUGAGCCCCUUGCGGAAGGUCGUGCAGUGCCUCCUGGCGCCUGUGGCAGGCCGGGAGAGCAGCACGGCCAAGUUCAUCCCUCGGGAGGAGGGCUUGUAUGCCGUAGAUGUGACCUACGAUGGACACCCUAUACCUGGGAGCCCCUACACGUUGGAAGCCUCACUACCACCAGAUCCUACCAAGGUGAAGGCCCACGGUCCUGGACUUAAAGGUGGUCUGGUGGGCCGACCUGCCGAGUUCACCAUCGAUACCAAAGGAGCUGGCACUGGAGGUUUGGGCCUAACCGUGGAGGGUCCAUGCGAAGCCAAAAUCGAAUGCUCCGACAAUGGUGACGGGACCUGCUCUGUGUCUUACCUUCCCACGAAACCUGGGGAAUACUUUGUCAACAUUCUGUUUGAAGAAGUCCACAUACCUGGGUCACCCUUCAAAGCUGACAUUGAUAUGCCCUUUGACCCCUCCAAGGUCAUGGCAUCAGGACCGGGGCUUGAGCGUGGGAAAGUGGGGGAAGCUGGGCUCCUUAGCGUUGACUGUUCGGAGGCAGGGCCUGGAACACUGGGCCUGGAAGCCGUCUCGGACUCAGGAGCCAGAGCUGAAGUCUCAAUUCAGAACAACAAAGAUGGCACGUAUGCGGUGACCUACAUGCCUCUGACUGCCGGCAUGUACACGCUGACUAUGAAGUAUGGCGGCGAGCUUGUGCCACACUUCCCUGCCCGGGUUAAGGUGGAGCCCACUGUGGACACCAGCAGGGUCAAAGUCUUUGGUCCUGGAAUAGAAGGAAAAGAUGUGUUUCGAGAAGCCACCACUGAUUUCACUGUGGACUCGCGGCCCCUGACCCAGGUAGGGGGCGACCACAUCAAGGCCCACAUUGCCAACCCCUCGGGGGCCUCCACCGAGUGCUUUGUCACCGACAAUGCGGAUGGGACCUACCAAGUGGAGUACACACCCUUUGAGAAAGGCCUGCAUGUAGUUGAGGUGACAUAUGAUGAUGUGCCCAUCCCGAACAGUCCCUUCAAAGUGGCUGUAACUGAAGGCUGCCAGCCAUCUCGAGUCCAAGCCCAAGGUCCUGGCCUGAAAGAGGCCUUUACCAACAAACCCAAUGUCUUCACUGUGGUUACCAGAGGGGCAGGAAUCGGUGGGCUUGGCAUAACUGUUGAGGGACCGUCGGAGUCGAAGAUAAACUGCAGGGACAACAAAGACGGCAGCUGCAGCGCUGAGUACAUCCCUUUCGCGCCGGGGGAUUAUGAUGUGAACAUCACCUACGGAGGAGCACACGUCCCUGGCAGCCCCUUCAGGGUUCCUGUGAAGGAUGUCGUAGACCCCAGCAAGGUCAAGAUUGCAGGCCCAGGGUUGGGCUCCGGCGUCCGAGCCCGCAUCCUGCAGUCUUUCACAGUUGACAGCAGCAAGGCUGGCCUGGCCCCACUGGAAGUGAGAGUCCUAGGCCCACGAGGUCUGGUGGAGCCUGUGAAUGUGGUGGACAACGGAGAUGGCACACACACAGUGACCUAUACCCCAUCUCAGGAGGGGCCUUACAUGGUAUCUGUUAAAUAUGCUGAUGAAGAGAUCCCUCGAAGUCCCUUUAAGGUCAAGGUCCUUCCCACGUACGAUGCCAGCAAAGUGACCGCCAGCGGCCCCGGCCUCAGUUCCUAUGGCGUGCCUGCCAGCCUGCCUGUGGAGUUUGCAAUCGACGCCAGAGAUGCAGGGGAGGGCCUGCUUGCUGUUCAGAUCACGGACCAAGAGGGAAAACCCAAAAGAGCUGUUGUCCAAGACAACAAAGAUGGUACCUAUGCUGUCACCUACAUCCCCGACAAGACUGGACGCUACAUGAUUGGGGUCACCUACGGAGGGGAUGACAUUCCAUUUUCUCCUUACCGCAUCCGGGCCACUCAGACGGGCGAUGCCAGCAAGUGUCUGGCCACAGGUCCUGGAAUUGCCCCCACUGUGAAAACGGGCGAGGAAGUUGGUUUUGUGGUUGACGCGAAGACUGCCGGGAAGGGAAAAGUAACCUGCACAAUUCUGACCCCGGAUGGCACUGAGGCGGAAGCUGAUGUCAUCGAAAAUGAGGAUGGCACCUAUGACAUUUUCUACACAGCCGCCAAGCCUGGCACCUAUGUGAUCUAUGUGCGCUUUGGUGGCGUUGAUAUUCCCAACAGCCCCUUCACUGUCAUGGCCACAGACGGGGAAGUCGCAGCCAUGGAGCAGGCACCGGUAAAUGCAUGUCCCCCUGGAUUCAGGCCCUGGGUGACCGAAGAGGCCUAUGUCCCAGUGAGUGACAUGAAUGGCCUGGGGUUUAAACCCUUCGACCUGGUCAUUCCGUUUGCUGUCAGGAAAGGAGAAAUCACUGGCGAAGUUCACAUGCCUUCAGGGAAGACGGCUACCCCCGAGAUUGUGGACAACAAGGAUGGCACGGUCACGGUCAGAUACGCCCCCACUGAGGUCGGGCUCCAUGAGAUGCACAUCAAAUACAUGGGCAGCCACAUCCCUGAGAGCCCACUCCAGUUCUACGUGAACUACCCCAACAGUGGGAGCGUGUCUGCAUACGGCCCAGGCCUGGUGUAUGGAGUGGCCAACAAAACUGCCACCUUCACCAUCGUCACUGAGGACGCAGGAGAAGGUGGACUGGAUCUGGCUAUCGAGGGGCCCUCGAAGGCAGAAAUCAGCUGCAUUGACAACAAAGACGGGACGUGCACAGUGACCUACCUGCCCACGCUGCCCGGCGACUACAGCAUUCUGGUCAAGUACAACGACAAGCACAUCCCCGGCAGUCCCUUCACGGCCAAGAUCACAGAUGACAGCAGACGGUGCUCCCAGGUGAAGCUGGGCUCGGCUGCUGACUUCCUGCUCGACAUCAGCGAGACUGACCUCAGCACCCUCACGGCCAGCAUCAAGGCCCCGUCCGGCCGUGACGAGCCCUGUCUCCUGAAGAGGCUGCCCAACAACCACAUCGGCAUCUCUUUCAUCCCCCGGGAAGUGGGCGAGCACCUGGUCAGCAUCAAAAAGAAUGGCAACCAUGUGGCCAACAGCCCCGUGUCCAUCAUGGUGGUCCAGUCCGAGAUUGGUGAUGCCCGCCGAGCCAAAGUCUACGGCCGUGGGCUCUCAGAAGGCCGGACUUUCGAGAUGUCUGACUUCAUCGUGGACACAAGGGAUGCAGGUUAUGGCGGCAUUUCCUUGGCAGUGGAAGGCCCCAGCAAGGUGGACAUCCAGACAGAGGACCUUGAAGACGGCACCUGCAAGGUCUCCUACUUCCCCACCGUGCCCGGGGUUUACAUCGUCUCUACCAAGUUCGCUGAUGAGCACGUGCCCGGGAGCCCCUUUACUGUGAAGAUCAGCGGGGAAGGACGAGUCAAGGAGAGCAUCACCCGUACCAGCCGGGCCCCAUCUGUGGCCACCGUUGGCAGCAUCUGCGACCUGAACUUGAAAAUCCCAGAAAUAGACAGCAGUGACAUGUCAGCCCAUGUCACCAGCCCCUCCGGCCGUGUGACCGAGGCAGAGAUUGUGCCCGUGGGGAAGAACUCGCACUGCGUCCGGUUUGUGCCCCAGGAGAUGGGCGUUCACACGGUCAGCGUCAAGUACCGUGGGCAGCACGUCACCGGCAGCCCCUUCCAGUUCACCGUGGGGCCACUCGGCGAAGGGGGCGCGCACAAGGUGCGGGCAGGAGGCCCCGGCCUGGAGAGAGGAGAAGCAGGAGUCCCAGCUGAGUUCAGCAUCUGGACACGGGAAGCAGGUGCUGGGGGCCUCUCCAUCGCCGUUGAGGGCCCCAGUAAGGCUGAAAUUACAUUUGAUGACCAUAAAAACGGGUCAUGCGGCGUGUCCUAUAUUGCCCAAGAGCCUGGUAACUACGAGGUGUCUAUCAAGUUCAACGAUGAGCACAUCCCCGAGAGCCCCUACCUGGUGCCAGUCAUCGCGCCCUCCGACGACGCCCGCCGCCUCACUGUUAUGAGCCUUCAGGAAUCGGGAUUAAAAGUUAACCAGCCAGCAUCCUUUGCUAUAAGGUUGAAUGGUGCAAAAGGCAAGAUUGAUGCUAAGGUGCAUAGCCCCUCGGGAGCCGUGGAGGAAUGCCACGUAUCUGAGCUGGAGCCAGAUAAAUAUGCCGUUCGCUUCAUCCCGCACGAGAACGGCAUCCACACGAUCGACGUCAAGUUCAAUGGGAGCCACGUGGUUGGAAGCCCCUUCAAAGUGCGCGUCGGAGAGCCAGGCCAGGCGGGGAACCCUGCCCUGGUGUCUGCCUAUGGCACGGGACUCGAGGGCGGCACCACAGGUAUCCAGUCUGAGUUCUUCAUCAACACCACUCGUGCGGGCCCAGGGACCUUGUCCGUCACCAUCGAAGGCCCGUCCAAGGUGAAGAUGGAUUGCCAGGAAACCCCAGAAGGCUACAAAGUCAUGUACACGCCCAUGGCCCCUGGAAACUACCUGAUCGGGGUCAAAUACGGCGGGCCCAACCAUAUAGUGGGCAGUCCCUUCAAGGCCAAGGUGACAGGCCAGCGUCUGGUCGGCCCCGGCUCAACCAAUGAGACCUCAUCCAUUCUGGUGGAGUCGGUGACCAGGUCCUCGACGGAGACCUGCUACAGCGCCAUCCCCAAGGCAUCCUCAGACGCCAGCAAGGUCACCUCCAAAGGGGCAGGGCUGUCGAAGGCCUUCGUGGGCCAGAAGAGCUCCUUCCUGGUGGACUGCAGCAAAGCCGGCUCCAACAUGCUGCUGAUCGGGGUCCACGGGCCCACCACCCCCUGCGAAGAGGUGUCCAUGAAGCACGUGGGCAGCCAGCAGUACAAUGUCACGUACGUCGUCAAGGAGAGGGGCGAGUACGUGCUGGCCGUGAAGUGGGGGGAGGAGCACAUCCCCGGCAGCCCCUUCCACGUGACCGUGCCUUAAAACGGUUCCCACCAGCCCCCCGGAGGAGUUCUCGCGUUGCUUUUGUCGCUUGUCUGUAAUCCACCUUAUACGGUGUCCUCCGCCUUGUGUGUGAGUCUACAGCCUCGUCCCCAAAGCAUUGCCGUGCUCACGCACCUUGCGGGCCGCGUCCUGCUCUUUGCCGCUCCAGGGGCACUCACACUGGGGAGUCCUAAAAACCCACACUCGUUCCCUGGGCCACUCGCUGCGGGCCAGGUGUGGGCAAGGCUGGCUUUAAAAAAAAAAAAAAUGAGAUUGGCUAGCCUCAGCUCCUGGCUCUGCGCUUAUGAAACAAGACUCGGGGGUGGGGGGCGGGGGAGAGAGGAGACCUAGUGCAGGUUGGCAGUGCAGGAGAUGGCUGCCAUCUGUCUGUCCCAUACUGUGUCGGAAAGGGCCAGUCGAGGCUGCUGCUGUUGCCACGCUGCCCCUCCCCGGUGCCCCCAGCUCUGUGGCCGCCUCAGCUUCCCCCAGGAGUAGAGCGUGCUUGCCAGCAAACUGGCCUGUACGGCUUCCUGGGACCCGGGCCCUUCUUGUGAUCCUCUCCCCGCGGAGUCACAACGUGGCAGCUGCUUUUCUGCUUUUGGUUGGUAAAGGCCAUCUCGGUCCCUUGGUCUGAGGACAUUGUACAGAGGCAAGCGGCACCCCACUGACCAAAGACCCUCUUAACCUGCAUUAGCCCUUGUUUGUCCCCCACGCAGCCAGGGGUCAGCCUGGUGAGCCCUCAUGGAAGUCCAUACGUCAGUGCGCUCAACACGGGGGCCUGGCACAGGGCACUCUGCACCUGCCCCCCAGCCGGCCUCCUGGGUCCCUUUUCCAAAGUAUAGACAGGAAGGGACAAACCUCCUGCAAAAUAGCCAACGCUGCUUAAACGGAUAGUGGCCAUGUGUUUGACCACGGCACAUGCCACCUGCAGUGUUUGGGAAGCAGUGCAUGGAAUUCCAAACUGCACGGAGGGUGUUGGUGCCCUCCCUGCAGACCCGAGCUGGCUUUGGGCUCAGGGGCCGUGGUCUGACGGCAGAGCCCAGAUCUGAUUGCUGCUUGGUCCUGAGGGAAGGGGCUGCCGUCGUCGUGGGUGUGAUGGGGGUGAGUGCUGGUGGUCAGAGCCCACCUGUUAGAAACUGGAGCGGCUGUAGCCUAAUGUGAAAGGACCGCAGGCCUCGUGAACUGGGACGUGGAACCCAAACUGGAAUCAAAUGCCGACUGUAAAUUGUAUCUUAUAACUUAUUAAAUAAAAUGUUUGCUCCGUUCAAGUU